AUGGAAAGAUUCACCCAAAACCCCGCCGAGCUCUUCCGAAUUGUCAACAUCGCCGUUGGAGGGUUCGCAGUAGCAGGCGGAAUAGGAUCCCUCAUCAAACACCACUUCUCAAGCAUCAUCAUCGGUAUCUAUGAGGUCUUAAUCGGUGCUGUGAUCAUCUUCCUCGAAGUCCGCCCUAUUACCGAAGAGCACAAGGCCUUGGUCCACAAAUAUGCCAGCUUCAUGCACUCUUUCCUUGGACGUGGUGUCUUCUACUUGCUGCUUGGUGUCUUGAUGCUCAAUUACUACACCAUCCUCUACGUCUGCGGCACAGUCGUGGGUGUGGUCGGAGCUGCCUACAUUGCUCUCAACUUUGUCCCCGCCGUCGAUGCGCCAUCAACGAUGCAAGCACCAUCCACCGAUGAAGAAGCUCAGCCUGUGUGGCAAGGUCCCACCGAAUGA